AUGGGGGUCAGGAGUCUAGCCCUCUGCUCGCUGAUACAGAAGCUGACGGUCUGCGACGAUGACAAUGGCUACGCAUCUUGUGAAACCGGUUUCAUCCGGAUCGCCAGGCUCCACUAUGGCCAGAAACUCAAUGACGGCCGAUCUUGCAAUGACAUCGCGAUGACUUACUCACCUGCCGACACCAGGUGUCGCGGGCCGGAUAUCGACGUCAGACUACGUCAGCUACGAGACACGUGUAGGUACGAGCGCGUGUGUCGCAUCAUGGUGAACAGUACUCAGCUGGGAGAGAUCGAGUGUCCGUCCGUAGCAAGCUAUAUCUCCUGGAGACCCUACGUGGUGAUAGAGUAUUAUUGCAGCGCGGCAAGUUGGUGUCAAAACAAGGUGGAUCACCAUGGAACGAAAUGGGCGUUAAAGCCUGCCGGCUCGAUGGACCGACAGCCAUGCCCGUAUAUGGCCGAAGGAUCUGCGCGGCGGAAAUGCAUCGCCGACGACGACGGCGACGGCCGAUGGUGGUCGCCGGACUACUCCGCCUGCGUGCGACGUCAGUUCAAGACGCUGAGCGAGAACACGGUGACGCUGAUCGACAGCGGCAGCGCCUACGUCGCCAGCGACGUGCUCGAGGAGACGCUGACGCUGUCCGAGAUUGAUCUGAAACUCAGCGGCGACCUGGUCGCCAUCACGAAAGCCAUGUCGGCAAUGUUGGACUAUUGGCGGAGCAACAAUCUUCGACCGAGUGAGGAUUUCAUCACAAUUACUAGCAACCUGCUGCAGGAAGAAAACGCAAAGCUGUUCCAUAACCUAGAAGAGUUAGGUGAAGGAACGUCUAAAUUAUUGAUGGCAGUCGGAGAGUAUAGCCGUUCCUUGGUUAAUUCACUGGCACCCGGUGAACAGUCGCUGACCACAUCAUCGAACAUCGUCGUACACGCUGAGGUGCAGAGCAGUGAUCAGCUACACGGCUACAUCUUCCCGGCUAACAGUGGUGAUACUACAAGCAGCUAUGAGCGUAAAGACAACGUGCCAUCGUGGUUGGCAGACGCCGGCACCAACGUCAAUCUGACCGCCGAAACGCUGCGGCUCUACGCAGACGGGCAAACUGGUAUAAAAAUAUUCAGCGUUUUUUAUAAAAACGUUCAAGAUAUCGUUAAUCAAUGGGAAACCGAUCGUCUCGUUAAUUCGCUGGUAACCGAGGUUAGCGUGGAGUCAGUAGGCGGGAAAACUUCCCCUUCUCAAACGCUGAAACCUCCAGUGAGACUAACCUUCCAGCAUCAGUACGAGUGGGACAAUACAAGCAAGCCAGAGUGCUGUUUCUGGGACUUUAAUUUACCUGCCGUCGCUUGUACGGUGAUAGCCGUCCUCCUACAUUACCUGUAUUUGGUCGUGUUCUGUGCUAUGCUGGCGUCUGGCGUUCACCUCUACAUCAUCAUCAACAGCAUCACGCAGCAGACGAUGCGCAUAGUCCACUACUUGGUCAUAGCAUCGUGGGUUACACCUGUUGUCAUAGUGACAAUCUCGCUCGCGGCUACCCAGUCGGAAGGCUACGGCAGCGCUACCUACUGCUGGCUCUCUAUUCACAACAUGCUCAUCCUGGCGUUUAUUAUCCCAGUUGGAGUUGUGGUGUGCGUCAACGUUUUGCUGCUGGUUCUUGUAUUCCGCACUAUGUUUCAAUCGCGAUCCGUGCAAAAGAAAUCCAACGUAGAGAAAGCUGGGACAGCGUUACGCAGCCUGUGUGUGCUGAUUCCUCUCCUCGGACUGACAUGGACUUUCGGAUUUUUUGCAAUCUACGAUACAACUCUCGUGUUUCAAUAUUUAUUUGCAAUUUUCGGCUCUGUGCAGGGAGUGUUCAUAUUUGUGUUCCACUGCGUAUUGAACAAGCAAGUCCGCGAGGCUAUAUCGCAGAGGUGGCGCCAAUACCGGACGGUGGCGAGAUUUCGACGCGGAACCGAUGUACAGCGUACUGGCGUUACGAAUCUACGUGGUUCUGAACCCUCAAACGCCAGAUUUAAGACAUCAAAUGCGCUUUCGUCCGAAUCCGCUGAAACCGACUCCCGCUUCGCUACCACUAUGACGGACGCCUCCGCGUCGGAAAACCUACCACCAGUCAAGAAACCGAUCGUCGGGAAAGUAGUGAAAGUCGAGUCACCGUUUGCCGUCUCUUACGUGCUUGUCGAGCAGGGUUCUACUGCAGGAGACACAAAAUCGACGGAUGCCAAUAGUAAAUAGUAUGAUCGUGGCUGACAUUAGGAGGUCAACGAGUAUACGCGAUGUGACCUUGAGCGCAUAUGUGUCAGAAGAGUUGCACGGCGGAUUAUGUAUGACCCUUUCGGUCAAUAUUAUAUCUAUAAAACAGUUUCACACAAGUCAUGUAAAUCAACAAAAUGCGUACGUCAAGGUGAAGAGCCAUCGCUGUGUUCAAUAAUGAUAUAUCCGCGAUGCACACAUUCGAAAUAUACGUAAUCGAUAUUUUGAAUCGUAUUGGUUCGGAAAAAUCAAGCGGGGCUACGUGGGCAAAUAUCGUCGCGAAGUUGAUAGUUAUAUGGUCCUUAUAAUUAUCUUGAACCGAUUGAAUUCGUGCGGCAUAGAGUCAGUGCGACAUAGAUUUAUAUGCGUUUUUGAAAUACACAGAACUGGUGUAUGCCGAACAUGUUCACACCAGGUUUACCACUAUUGGAAUAUCCGUUAAUGCCGAAUAGUUUGGUGUACGUUAACAAAAUGUGUAUGUCGUAUUUGACAUAGCCACUUAUACAGAACAGUUUGAAACGUUAAGGGUUUAAUUCCCCAUUGGGCCAAUUGAAAACGUAUUGCAAUCAUGUGUCUGUUGCGUCAGCCAAUAGGAGACGAGUAUUUUGAUUAAAGACCCAUCUGCGCACGUGCAAUCUCGGUUCGACAACCAUUCAAUUUAAACACCGGUGUAGUUUAAUUUAUUGUUAUUUUAAGUGUUAUCAGGCUUUUAACAAGCUAUCUUUGUAUCUUAACAAGUUUCUACGUACUGUCCACUGUCCUCUAUUUUAAAUGUCGCAACCGAAUUUCACGUAUAUCAUAGAACAAAUAACAGCGUUAUACCAUAUUUUACUACAUAGAAUAGUAUAUCUGAGAUAUCCUCUUAAAGAAAUCUAUUCAGGAUAGCGUUGAAAAACGAUAUAUAAUAUUAUCAUACAUUGUAUGCAUAAAUUCUUAUAUACAUUAUAUUAUUGACUAUGAAUGUUAUACUGUGUAAUACUAUGUAAACUAUAGUAUACACGUAAAAUAUUAAA